AUGAAUUGUGUCCCUGGGUCCCUGAAGGUGGAAUCUUGGAUGAAAAUGCUUGGGGAUUUAUUGGGGAAAAAAAUCAGUCGUUUUUGUUCUCAUAACAACAAUCUACCUCAAACUGCUGUAUUAACUACUGUUUGGAGUAAGCUUUGUGAAUGUGUUUGUCCGUCUCCAUUGCCUUCUGCUCCUUUUUAUCCUUCAUCUUUGCCCUCUUCUGCUCCACCUGACUAUCAAACUCAGGCAAGUUUUGAGCUGAGGAGUUCAAAUCAACAACUGCUGCUGCGUUAUUUUUCCAAGAUGAACCAAUACACAACCAUGGGACAGUUGGGGGAUGGCGCCUAUGGGAGUGUGUUUAUGGGCAAGAAUAAGGAGUCUGGGGAGCUGGUGGCCAUCAAAAGGAUGAAGAGAAAGUUCUAUUCUUGGGAUAAAUGUAUGAACUUGAGAGAAGUUAAGUCCCUGACUGUUAUUAAAUUGAAAGAAGUUAUGAGAGGAAAUGACCACCUUUAUUUCAUAUUUGAAUAUAUGAAAGAAAACCUCUAUCAAUUAAUGCAAGACAGAAACAAGUCGUUCCCUGAGUCAGUCAUCAGAAAUAUUAUGUAUCAGAUAUUGCAAGGGCUGGCUUUUAUCCAUAAACAUGGUUUUUUUCAUAGGGACUUGAAACCAGAAAACUUGCUGUGUAUGGGUCCAGAACUUGUGAAAAUUGCUGAUUUUGGACUUGCAAGAGAAGUAAGGUCACAGCCACCAUACACUGAUUAUGUCUCUACUAGAUGGUAUCGUGCCCCUGAAGUUUUGCUGAGAUCUUUGUAUAGCUCUCCCAUUGAUGUGUGGGCUGUUGGAAGUAUCAUGGCUGAACUCUAUAUGUUAAAAAGUGAGGUUCAUGAAAUCUUUAAAAUUUGCAAAGUUUUAGGGACUCCCAAAAAAGAGUGGCCAAAAGGAUACCAGCUGGCAUCUUCUAUGAAUUUUCGUUUUCCCCAGUGUGUUCCUAUAAACUUAAAAACUCUGAUUCCCAAUGCCAGUAAUGAAGCUAUUCAGCUCAUGACUGAAAUGUUGAAUUGGGAUCCAAUAAAACGACCAACAGCAAGCCGGGCAUUGAAACACCCAUAUUUUCAAGUUGGUCAGGUAUUAGGCCCUUCCUCAAAUCAUCUGGAAUCAAAACGGUCUUUAAAUAAGCAGCUGCAACCAUUAGAAUCAAAGCCAUCUUUAGUUGAAGUAGAGCCCAAGCCUCUACCAGAUGUAAUUGAUCACACUGUUGGACAAUCCCAGUCGAAAACUAGCCAGCAGGCACUGCAGCCCAUUCAGCCACCACAGAACUUGAGCGUCCAGCAACUACCAAAGCAACAGAAUCAGCAGAAAUCGCCACAAACACAAUUCCCAAACAUCAUCAAAAACAUGCCAACUAAGCCAAAUGGCACACUGAAUCAUAAAAGUGGUAGGAGGCAUUGGGGCCAAACUAACUUCAAAUCUGGAGAAAGCUGGGAAGAGUUGGAGGACUACGAUUUCGGAGCCUCCCAUUCCAAGAAGCCAAGCAUGGGUGUUUUUAAAGAAAAAAGGAAGAAAGAGUCUCCAUUUCAGCUUCCAGAGCUGGCAUCCUUGGGCUCCAACCACUCGCUAGGGGAAAACAAGAGCUUACCUGCUGCUAUUUCCCUAAAGUCUGAUUCCGAAUUGUCAGCUGCUCCAGCUUCUAACCAGUACUACUUGAAACAAUCAAGAUAUCUUCCAGGUGUGAAUCCCAAGAACAUGUCCUUGAUAGCCAGUGGAAAGGAAAUAAACCCCCACACGUGGAGCAAUCAGUUAUUCCCUAAGUCACUGGGACCUGUCAGGGAAGAACUUGCUUUCAAAAGGAGCAAUGCAGUUGCCCCUGAUCCUGACAUAAACGGCCAAGAUGAUCUGCUUUUAGAAGUCAAGUCUGGACUAGGAUACAGAAAAGCAUUGAAGCUCAUCAAGAACAUCUUUCUUCAGUAG